AUGGCGGACGACGCGCCCAGCAACACUGUAGAGCAAGACGGGACGGACGACGGCGCCAUCGCGGAGAUCUGGCGCGCGGCCGUCGAGCGAUACGAGCGCGAUAGUGGGACCACGCUCGCCAGCCAGCUCGACGGAACCCCCGAUGCAGCAUCCGCGGACGCGAUUGCGGCCUUCGUCGAAGAUCGCGCGGCGCAGUUCACUCAGUUCCGCGCCGAUGGGCAUGCGCGGGCGCGCAAGUGGCUGAAGCCGAUCGCCGCGACUGUCCAGCUGCUUUCCAGCUGCUUUGGCGAUGCAGUUACGCUGCCCUUCUCGCCUAUGAAGGCCGUCUUCGGUGCGAUCGGCGUGGCUAUCAAGAUGUCCAUUGAGGUCACGAAGGACUACGACGCGGCGAUCGACGCAUUUGAGACCAUCGCAGACCACCUCGCGCGCAUCAGGAUCGUUGGCGCCAACCUGACCCUGCGCGAGCCGUCAGUGCGCGUCCUCUCUCAGACACUCGUCGUCCUCGGGAUCAUCGUGCAGCUUCAGCGGGACGGGCGCUUCAAGACCUGGCUUCACAAGUUCAAGCAGUCACAUGAGCUGACGGAGGCUCUGGCGGACCUGCAGCGAUUGGCGGCUAACCACCAUGAGACGCUUUCCGCUGUCACGCUAUUCUGCGUCGAGAAGACGAUGGAUAUUCUCGGGGAUAGUAUGACGGCUAUCCAGCGGGAACAAGAUAUGACUCACAAUUGCUUGACGCGCAUCGCAAGGACCGCUCAAGAGAUACAUGAGAUGAUGAUCGCGUAUGCUCUCACGACCCAGCAGCAAGUACACGCCAAUCGGGCCAUUCUGGAGGAUAUCCAGCGCGUGCUGCUGCUUCAUUCCGAUGCGCGUCAGCAAGAUAGAGAGGAUGAAGCAGUGGAUCGCAUUUUCUACUGGCUUAGGUUUCCGGACUUCUCAGUCAAGAUCAACAACCUACUGCUACACCGCGCGCGCUCCACUGGGUAUUGGUUUCUUGACGGCGAAGCCUUCUCGAGAUUCAAGGAUGGAACCACUCGCGUGCUCUGGCUUCGAGGAAAGGCUGGCUCUGGCAAGAGCACUAUGAUCGCAGCAGCCAGUCGUGAUCUCCGCGCCUUCUGCAACACCACUGGGACCUCCUUCGCCUUCUUACACGUCUUUGAUAUGACGAACAACGCCGCGCGGCGUAACUUGUACGCCCUCUUGAGCUCUGUUCUGUGUCAACUCGCCCACCACGUUCCUGACACCGUCGCCAUCCUCUCGCAGGCUCGAAGAGAGCAUAUGCGAGGUCACGUAGAACCUUUGCUCAGCGAGCUGAAGCAUUACUUGAAGCUUGCCCUCGAUCGCUCCCCUCACGUAUUCCUAGUGAUAGAUGCGCUCGACGAGGCAGACGAUCCAGAAAUCAUCCCGUUUCUUUGCCAACUUAAAGCACGCCAUAAAGUCUCCCUCCUAGUCUCCAGCCGCUCGGAACUCGUAUCUCGUUGGCAGCUCGAAAACCUCACUGAUGAAAGGGUGGACAUUUUCGAGGACAUUGUCGCUGGGGACAUAGGCAUACUUCUGGACCAGGUGUUCAAGAGGGAUGGGCGUCUGGCCGGUAUCCGAGAUGUGCACCGCGUUAGGGACGCCCUGGAGUCAGGGGCGGAUGGAAACUUUCGCUGGGUGUCGCUACAGACAUAUGAGCUUGCUCGCGUAGCUGGCAUACCGCGCAAGCUGUAUGAACGCCUCGCAUCAAUGCCCCUUGACCUCCGUGCUAUCUAUGACGAGGCGCUGCAGAAAAUCCGGGAUGACGACCGAGAUGAUGUCCGUCGACUACUGAUGUGGCUGCUAUUCGGGAGUAUGCUGCCCACAAAGCGAGAACUCAUGGAGCACAUGGCGUUCGAUUACUCCCAACCGAUUCCGGUUUUCAACGAGAGCCUUCGCCCUUCGUCAUUCGAUUAUGUGCUUGCUCUCGUGGGGUCCACCUUCCUGACGGUCGAUCCGGACACCAAGGACGUCUGCUUUGCACAUGCGUCCGUCAGGGAGCAUUUGCUGGCUCUUCCUUCAUCCUCUCCGUUCUAUUGUGACCCUGGCGAUGCAAUGUGCCUCUUAACCGCCACCUGCGUU